AUGAUGUUACACUCAGCUCUGGCCCUCUGCCUUUUACUCAUCGUGGUUUCUUCCAACCUUGCCAUUGCAAUCAAAAAGGAAAAGAGACCUCCUCAGACACUCUCAAGAGGAUGGGGAGAUGAUACCACUUGGGUGCAGAUAGAGGAAGGCCUCUUUCAUUGUCAAAAAAGUAACAAACCAUUGAUGCUUACUCAUCACCUGGAAGAUUGUCAAUACUGCCAAGCACUAAAAAAAGCAUUUGCCCAAAAUAACGAAAUACAAGAAAUGGCUCAGAAUACUUUCAUCAUGCUGAACUCAUGGCAUGAGACCACUGAUAAGAAUUUAUCACCUGAUGGGCAAUAUGUGCCUAGACUCGUGUUCGUGGAGCCUUCUGUAACAGUCAGAGCUGAUAUAACUGGAAGAUACUCGAACACAUUAUACACAUAUGAACCUCAGGAUUUAUCGCUAUGUAAGUAUUCACAAGUUAUCUUGAACAGUGAUACCAGCAACACUGGACUGUUAGAAGGUCAGUGAAGCCCUC